GGAGGAGAGCUUCACGCAGUUCGAGAACGGCAUCAACUGGAGGUCUUACGUGGUUUGUGACGUGGCCUACAACAAUGUCAACAACUGGUUGUGGACGCCAUUCAUUGAACGAGGACCAGCUAAUCGCAUGUACAUUGAGGUCAAAUUCUCCAUGCGAGACUGCUCGCUGUUUCCCGGGACUGCUCUCUCCUGCAAGGAGACCUUCUCUCUCCUCUAUUACGAGUUCGAUGCGGCCACGAAGGAGCCGCCGUUCUGGGAGCCAGAAAGCUACAAGCUGAUCGACCGCAUCGCCGCCGACGAAGGCCGCUUCACCAACUCCGCGGACAUCAUCAUCAACGCCGAAGUCCGCUCCAUCCCCGUCACGAAGAAGGGCGUCUACUUCGCCUUCAGAGACCAAGGGGCGUGCAUCUCCCUCCUCGCUAUCAAGGUGUACUACAUCACGUGUCCGGAGAUCACCAAGUCGUACACACACUUCCCCACCACGCCCACGGGGGCGGAGGUGACGAGCAUCGAGCAGGCGGCGGGCGUGUGCGUUGCUCACGCCCGCGAGGAGAGCUCGCCCUCCUUCCUGUGCACGGGCGACGGCCAGUGGUCCCUCCUCAACGGCGGGUGCGCGUGUCUCCCGGGGUACCAGGCCAACCUGGAGAAGCAGAGCUGCGACGUGUGCCCGCCUCUGAAGUACAAGGACAGCGUUGGAGCGGCAGAGUGCCGGGCAUGUCCGGACCACAGUGCCGCACCCCACGCUGGUGCCUCGGAGUGCAGGUGUGACACCGGCUACUACAGGGCAGUCAGUGACCCCCGCGCCAUGCCUUGUACCCGUCCUCCAAGCAAGCCUCAGAACAUCACAGUAAAUUUUGUGGACCAAGCCACUGUGAUCCUUGCCUGGCAUCCUCCUAUGAAUGACGGUGGACGCACCGACACCUUGUACCGAGUCAUCUGUGAUGCUUGUGGGAGCCAUGUCUCGUACAGCCCGCCUCAGGUAGCAGAUGAGAGUUUCAAUGCCACUCAAGUUACAAUCAGUGGCCUAAAUCCCGUCACAACCUACAGAUUUCAGGUGUUUGCAGAGAAUGGUGUUUCAGACCAAGCACGAGACCCCCAGUACGUUGAUAUCACAGUCACGACGGAGGCUUCAGGUGGCUUUAUGGUGGUUGGCAACGAAGCUGAGGUGCCAUCCAUGGUGAGCAAUGUUCGUGUUACAAGUGUGAAGAGCACCGAGAUCUCCCUGGCUUGGGAUGCCCCAAGUGAUCCGUUCUCGGAUAUUGAAAUGUAUGAGGUACGUUAUUAUGUCCGAGGUCUUCAGAACAACUCGUCUAGUAUAUUGACUAAAAAGGAAGAAUCUUCUUUGGUCUCCUUGCGGCAAAGGACUGACUAUGGGUUUCAGGUCCGUGCCAAGACAACUCAUGGCUGGGGGGAAUACUCGGCGCCAGUGUACAAGAAGACAGGACAGCUUUUAGGAACUGCUUAUGUUGGAGACGAAGACAACACGCAAGUUCGUAUCAUUGUCGGAGCAACAGUGGGAGCGUUUGUCGUGAUUGCGGUUAUUGUUAUCAUGACACUCCUGUUCUUGAGAAGCAGAGGCACAGAUGAAUGUAAUAAGAAGCAGCCAUCUGACUGUGACACCUUAGAAUACCGCAAUGGUGAAGAUACCACCAACUUGUGUCAUCCUGCGUUACACCCUGCCUGCUUUAGAACUGGGCAUCUCACCCCGUGGAUCCUAAACACAUCUCCUGUGUACAUGCACGGUGUUUUGGAAAACCCACCUAUAGUCCAAACCCACACCACCGGAAGUAUGACAACACCACUCUUUACACAAGUUGGCCACCAUCGAACUUACAUAGAUCCUCACACUUACGAAGAUCCCAACCAAGCCAUCAGGGAGUUUGCAAGAGAAAUUGAUGCCUCAUACAUAACUAUCGAAGCCAUUAUUGGUGGCGGCGAGUUUGGCGAUGUCUGCAAAGGUAAACUUCAGCUUCCCAGCAGACCAGAAAUGACAGUGGCCAUUAAAACUCUUAAGCCUGGAUCAUCUGAGAAGGCCCGAGUAGAUUUCCUGACCGAAGCAUCAAUUAUGGGCCAGUUUGAGCAUCCAAAUGUAAUCUUCCUGCAAGGUGUAGUGACGAAGAGCAAUCCAGUUAUGAUCAUCACGGAGUAUAUGGAAAAUGGGUCACUCGACCAUUUCCUCAGGGUGAAUGAUGGAAAGUUCCAGGUUCUUCAGCUUGUAGGAAUGCUACGAUGUAUUGCCUCAGGAAUGCAGUACCUUAGCGAGAUGAAUUAUGUUCACCGGGACCUUGCUGCUCGAAAUGUUCUUGUUAAUGCUCAGCUUAUGUGCAAAAUUGCAGACUUUGGGUUAUCAAGGGAGAUAGAAAGUCACACAGAAGGCGCCUAUACCACAAGGGGAGGGAAAAUUCCUGUUCGAUGGACUGCACCAGAAGCUAUUGCAUUCCGCAAGUUUACAAGUGCAUCUGAUGUUUGGAGUCUAGGCAUCGUUAUGUGGGAAGUCAUGAGUUACGGAGAAAGGCCAUAUUGGAACUGGAGCAACCAAGAUGUCAUUAAGAGCAUUGAAAAGGGUUAUCGUUUGCCGGCACCCAUGGAGUGUCCAGAGGCCAUUUACCAGCUUAUGUUAGACUGCUGGCAGAAGGAGCGCAACCAUCGUCCCAAUUUUGCCUCCAUUGUGCGGACUCUAGACAGAUUGAUUCGUACUCCGGAGGCUCUCAACAAAGUGGCUCAGAACAGGUGUACAACGGCCCUGGGUCUAGACUCGGUCGACAUGACCCAGCUGACCUCUGUGGAGGACUGGCUUGCUUCCUUGAAGAUGAGUCGUUAUGUGGAAAACUUCCAACGGACAGGCCUCACUGAUUUAGAGGAAGUGGCUCGCCUCACUCAACACGACCUAACUCGAUUUGGUAUCACACUAGCUGGCCACCAGAAGAAGCUUCUCCAGAGUAUACACACCUUGCGCACGCAGUUGGCCGUCAACAUGUCUGAGGGCUUCCUAGUAUAGUGCCACUACUCUAGCUAAUACCAAUACUUGGUACCGUGUUAGGGUAAAGUAGUCAGGUGGGCUAAUGUCCAGGUCCAGAAUGAAUGUGAUGUCCACUGGUGCGUCAAGUUGGACCUGAAGGCCAUCAUCGUCUAUGUGAAAAUGUGAUAAUGAAAGAGGGAAAGACACUAAUAAAGACUUGUGUUCAGGACAGGGUAUCGAGUGUAUUUUUUAUGUUAUUUAAUUGCAAUAAUGUGAAAAUUGUCCAUCACAAAGACAAGAUUUUCCAAAGUAGCUCAAGAAUACCCUGUUAUCCUAUAGUACCAAGUAAUGGAAAAUGUGAUUCUGAGCAGCAAAUGACUGUUUAAAAUAUUUGGAAGUGCCCCCACCCUCUCCUUCUUGUGAUAUUUUCAUGGCCAAUGGUGUGUUGGAGACAGAACUGUGGUGCACAUGUGUAUGGUCUGGAGAUGGAACAAACAGCUGUGAUCAGCUUCCACAUUCAUUUCUGUGGAGGGUUGGUAAGCUUGCCUGUCACUUCCGUGCGUUAUACACCACUCCUCAGAUUUGAUCCUUAGUGUAAUUGUUGAUAUUCCAUUUGCUGCCAGACCUUAUUCUGCCAAAGUCUAGUAUUGGUGUUGUCCUUUCUACCCUUUGAUGAACUCUCAAAGACUGUUUCCUGUUUAAGCUUCUGCCAGCGUCUCUAUCUACUGGGAGAUUAUAAGUUGCCUGUCUGUGGUGAAUUGCAGUGUAGUGUGUAUUAAAAUUGCUCAUGCACACUAACUGGAUAAAUCUGAAAAUACUGGGUGAACACAGGUCAGCAAAAUAAGAGCUCUGUGCAAAAAAAAAAAAAAGCUUAACUUCAAAAGCGGCUUAUUAGGGGGAUUCUUUCAAUCCUUGGAGGACUUAAAGACAUUGCAGACUGGAAAAAUGCCAAGAGAAGUGAGAACCUCCCUCCUGACGCACAUAUCACUUAUCCCAUCAUGUGAACAUCCGGCCAUUCCCCACUCCCUUUCCUCCCUCCCUCCCGCAGGACCCAACUGCUGUAGUUAAACUACCCCGUUGUUACCUAAGUCAGAUAAUGCAGUGCUGGUAAAUGGCUGGGUGUUGGUAAAUUUGAUGAUGAUUGUGGAGAAGUAUAAUUUUGAUUGCAAUUACAGUGAAUUAAAGUUUUUUGCUGAAAAUAAUGGUUAAGAUGUUUCACUGCAGUACAGUGAAAUUUUCAGUAGCACAUGUUCAUAAGCUAUAAAGCUACACACACUCUUCCAUUCACUAACACAGCAAGAGUGUCCAACUACCCUUUCAAUGUGUGUCCAGUCAUCCCACGGUGUCCUGCACAGUACCCUUCUUGCACAGGUUUACUGUAAUUUUUACUUCAAUUCAUUAGCGUUUUUGUGUACUGAUGUGUUCAGUAUGAUGCAACCCACAUUGUAGCUUGGUUUAGUCAAAAUGUUGUAUCUGUUGGUGUAACCACACAUUACAACUUUCAUUCCAAAACCAUUUAUUUAUGAGUAAUCAAAUAAUUUGUGAGUACCAAGUGCAUGUUUGUGUAUCCUUUGUAAUGUUAGCAAACACCUGUGUUUUUGGGAACAUGUGUGAUGACUAGAUAAUCAAAAUUUUGUAGAUCUUAUUUAGCAUAGGAGUUUCUACAAAAGCACCAAGCAAUACAACUCACUGACAUAACAAAUGUGUAACUUGCUGUGUUGUGUCACUACAAAAUGAUGAGUAGCAAUCAAAAAAACAUCCGUGACUGUGUAGGUAGGUAUUUUCAUACGUCACCUUCAUAAUAAUACUAGCAGAAAAAAAAACUUAGAAUGUAAGUCCCAAAGAAGGAGGAAGGAAGGAGUGAGUAUUCCUAGGGAAGUUCCGUGUGUGAUAAUUUUGGAUUCUUGCAUUUUGGAAAGGGGAGGGAGAUAAUGUGGCAAAGUGGUCCACAACCCCUUGUGCCAGAGUGGGCCACUGGUCUUCACAUUCCACACCCUCUCAGUUACGGUUCCUUGUCAGGGUGUUUGCCACUAGAAUUGUUCCUAUUAAGAUGUAAUUCAGCUUGCAUAAAGUUUUAGCCGAUCAUUUCAAGUAGCUUUCAAAAAGUGGUCUUCGAUUUGCAAAUUUAAGUUGCUGCAUUUUUCGUCAAGAGUAUGUGUAGUUAUUUGCUUUUAGUCCUUUUGUUACAGGGAAUAUUUUUUUCUGAUGAAGCCUCAGGGCGACCACUUUCACUGCCUCAUUGACAGUUCCGAGAAUCAAGCAAUCGUCCAGGGCAGCGUAGUGGAAGCAUUAGGGCUUUUUGGAGGAAGGUUGCCAAACAGGAGGAUAAAGUUUUUUAGUGUGCUGUUGAAAGUUUGACUGAUAUUUCUACAUUAUAUAUUUGUGGAGCACAGCUAAUUUUCCUUGGGUGCAAAGAUGUUAUUUUAUGUCAUGGCAAGGUGUGUUUGGUUAAAAAAAAAAAAAGAGGCUAGGUCACUGUUGGCAGUUCAAGCCUUCCCCUUGGUAAGUCCAAAUGCUAUCACAGCUGUUGUUUUGCUUUGUGGCAAAUGCCCUGACAGACCUCAAGAGACGUGUCUUAUUUUCUUACUGAUGUAGUCUCACAAUUACUUUGUGUGUCUUCUAUUACCAUUACUAUCAUAAUCAACGGUAUUUUCUCCGGCAACUUCCCAUAGUGGUGGGAAACUACAAUGGAAAUGCUGUGUAUGCUAUAUGCAGCUAGACAGUUAUAUCCAAUACACAUACAUACUCUUCGCAACCUUGGUGUAAACUUUUGAGAAGGAAGAAUAAAAAAAAAAUUUUUUUUUUUGUGUGUGCUGAAAGAUGUGAGACAAGAGACUGUUGGAGUCGACUUUCAGUCUUUCUCUUUAGUUUACCACUUGAAAGUCACAAAGAAAUCUGCAAAUGCCUUGAGCACGGAGGACAGCGUAGCGUAAUUGUUUUAUAUCAUUUUUAUUUAUUGAGCCGAUGCAUUGCUAGAAGAGCAUAUGUUGUGUACUAUAAUGUUGUAUAAAGUUUGUAAAAUAGUCAAGAAAUAUUUUAUAUUUUUAGUUGGUAAGGUAUGAGAUCUCCAAUUUUGAACUCAUUAAUUGUUCGAACAUGGAAUGUGAUUUGUUUUUAGUUUGCUGAUGAAACGGAGGUGCCAAUGUGUGCAUCAUAGUGUCAGUGAAGCAAGGGAACUUGGGGGUUUAGAUUUAAGAAAAUUAGAUAUUCAAUUCCAAAGUCACUGGUAACACUUAUUAUCCCUGGCUCUGCCCCCUAAGAUCCUAUGUAUCAACUUUUUUUUGUAUAUAUGAUUCUGCAGGCAUUUUCUUAAACACAGAUCUUUUUCAAUAUUGUAACUCUGUCCCGUACUUUCAUUUUCUUUACUUGAAUGUAUGAUGAAUUUAGAGACAACAGGAAGACUGUCGGGCUUUCCUUGCUAAUACUCAAUGUUUUAAAUAUGAAUUUUAUAGUGAUUUUGUUUAUAUCAUACUGCUAUAAUUUGGGAUUUAGUUGAGAUCACACCAAUUUUUAAGUCCAUUACUAUGUCAAUUCUGCCAACCUGAGUAAUUGCAGGUAAAUAAUUAUAAUUUUUUCAAGCUUCAUAUUGUAACAGUUAUUCUAUUUGCAUUAGAAAAUGUCCUAUGACUCUACUCAAGCUGACAGGUUGACACGACUUGUAGCGACCCCCCCAGUGUCCUAUGACUAUUCUCAAGCUGACAGAUUGACAUGACUCUUAGUGACCCCAAGUGUCCUAUGACUGCUCAAGCUAACAGGUUGACAUGAGUCGUAAUGACUCCCAGAUGUCAUAUGGCUGCUCAAGCUGACAGAUUGAUUAGACUUGUAGUGAUCCCCAGUGUCCUAUGAUUCUAUUCAAGGUGACAGGUUGACAUGAUGCAUAUCGACCUCAAAUGUCCUACGGCUUUGCUCAGGCUGACAGCUUGACAUGAUUCGUAUUGACUCCCAAUGCAACAGCUGUAAAUUGUAGCUUUUUCCUAGUCAUAUCUAUUACCCCUCCCUCCAGUCGCAGGCAGUUGGAGGCCAGCUAAUGGUUAGUUUGAUGCCAGUUAUAGAAAGGGUUAUAAAACCAGCAUGAAUGAUGGUACUAAUUGCCUUGUAUGUUGGGGCUGAUAUAUUACCAGCUACAUGGGGGGGGUGUAAUCGAUCUCAGUGACAGAAAUGUUGGAACAUCACUGUAGGCCAUAGGCUGUGCUGGGCAUCUUGGAUCCAACUGUGGCAGAGAACUACCUAGCUAGCCUGCAUAGGGAACAUAGGCCCCAGGAGCUUCCUGUAUCGCAUUUGGCUUUAUACUUCAGAGAAUAACCAACUUGUUUCAAGUGAUUGAUGACGUCCCUAAGAGUAUUGACAAUCCUGGAGCUUCUUCCUUACUUCUGCGGCAAAUUCUGCUGACAUAUUUGUAUUCUGUUCAGUCCUAACCUUCAUGCAGUUGUAUGUGCAAGUUCUUUGUGUUCAAGAAACAAUAAAGUUUGACAGAAAUACGGGAA